AUGGUUCGAUACACCAUAGUGCGCAAACUUGGACAAGGCGGAUUUGGGGUAGUUUACUUAGUCAAAACUCCAGAUGGAAAACAAUAUGCCAUGAAAGUAAUAGAUUUAUCAGAGAUGAGCUCUCAAAUGAGAGCAAAAGCUCGUUCUGAAGUAGAAAUCCUAUCUAAAUUGAACCAUUCUAAUAUUGUUAAAUAUAUUUCUUCCUGGACUGAUAACAAUAAAUUAUAUAUAGUUAUGAACUACAUUGAUGGAGGAAAUUUACGUCAAUAUAUUUCAAGACAAAAUGGUGAACUUUUAAGGAUAGAUACAGUUUGCUCAAUAUGUUGGCAAAUAGCAAAAGCAUUAGAAUACAUUCACAAAAAUCAUAUCAUUCAUCGAGAUCUUAAGCCUGAAAAUAUUCUUGUUUCGAAUGCUUUUGAUAUAAUUUAUCUUAGUGAUUUCGGUUUAGCAAAGUCACUUUACACUUCUUCUCAAUAUGCAUACACUCAAUGCGGAACUCCGGUGUAUUCAGCUCCAGAAGUUUUACUUGGCGAUCCUUAA